UGAGUCUUGGAGGACUUCCGGGAGUUUUCCAUCAGACCGUGGGACUGUAGAGAGGAGUUUGCACGUGGAUCGUGGUUCGAGUGGGCUAGAUGGAGACAGUCCCCAAGCCGGGCAGUAAUGUUCCACCCAAGAAGGACAGACUGCAAGCCAAGAAGAAGAAACCGCGGCGAUACUGGGAGCAAGAGACCACUGGGACAGCGGCCGGAGCUUCUCCAGGUCCCCCUCAUAAACGGAAGAGGAGUCGAGAGCUCCGCCCCCAGAAGCCAAAGAGAAAUGACACCUCAAAGAAGUUUCGGAUCUCCAAGAAGCCCCGAGAACUGAAGAGCCCGGGGCCUCAGCGGACCUUUUCUGGGGCCCAGGACCCAUUUGCAGGCCCCGCCCCUGUCAAUGUGGAGGUGGUUCGGAAGUACUGUCGCAUUGACAAAUCCAAGGAGCUACCACAUGCGAAGACCAAGACACGAAGCCGACUUGCGGUGGCUGAAGCACAAGAAGAGGAAACAAGUGUCAGAGCUGCUCGAUCUGAGCUUCUGCUUGCUGAAGAACCCGGGUUUCUGGAAGGAGAGGAUGGGGAGGACACGGCAAAGAUUCGCCAGGCUGACAUCGUGGAGGCUGUGGACAUUGCAAGUGCAGCCAAACAUUUUGACUUGAACUUGAGGCAGUUUGGACCCUACAGGCUAAAUUACUCUAGAACUGGGAGACACCUGGCUUUUGGAGGACGCCGGGGUCACGUGGCCGCCCUCGACUGGGUAACAAAGAAGCUCAUGUGUGAGAUCAACGUCAUGGAGGCAGUGCGGGACAUCCGGUUUCUGCACUCUGAGGCACUGCUCGCCGUCGCCCAGAACCGCUGGCUUCACAUUUACGACAACCAGGGCAUCGAGCUCCAUUGCGUCCGCCGCUGUGACCGGGUCACCCGACUUGAGUUCCUGCCUUUCCACUUCCUCCUGGCCACAGCUUCAGAGACAGGGUUUUUGACUUACCUGGACGUGUCAGUGGGAAAGAUCGUGGCAGCUCUGAAUGCGCGGGCUGGACGGCUCAGCGUCAUGACUCAGAACCCUUACAACGCCGUCAUCCAUCUCGGACACAGUAACGGGACUGUGUCUUUAUGGAGCCCAGCCAUGAAGGAGCCACUGGUAAAGAUUCUCUGUCACCGAGGUGGAGUCCGGGCUGUGGCAGUAGAUUCUACAGGCAUGCACAUGGCCACCUCUGGCCUGGACCACCAGCUGAAGCUCUUUGACCUGCGAGGGACGUUCCAGCCUCUGAGCACUCGGACCCUGCCCCAGGGAGCGGGGCACCUGGCCUUCUCCCAGCGGGGACUGCUGGCGGCGGGAAUGGGCGACGUGGUCAACAUAUGGGCAGGACAGCGCAAAGCCAGCCCUCCUUCCCUGGAGCAGCCCUACCUUACGCACCGGCUCUCGGGCCACGUGCACGGCCUUCAGUUCUGCCCCUAUGAGGAUGUGCUGGGGGUGGGGCACAGCGGGGGCAUCACCAGCAUGCUGGUCCCUGGGGCUGCCGAACCCAACUUCGAUGGCCUGGAGAGUAACCCAUACAGGAGCCGGAAGCAGCGGCAGGAGUGGGAGGUGAAGGCGCUGCUAGAGAAGGUGCCCGCCGAGCUCAUCUGUCUAGAUCCACGAGCCCUGGCAGAGGUCGAUGUCAUCUCUUUGGAGCAGGCAAAGAAGGAACGGGCAGAGAGGCUGGGCUACGAUCCCGACGCCAGGGCUCCCUUCCAGCCAAAGCCGAAGCAGAAGGGCCGCAGCUCAACCGCGAGUCUGGUGAAGAGGAAGAGGAAGGUCAUGGAUCAGGAGCACAGGGACAAGGUCCGCCAGAGCCUGGAGCAGCAGCCGCAGAAGCAAGAGGCCAAGCCCACAGGGGCCCGGCCGUCGGCCCUGGACAGAUUUGUGCGCUGAGUCAGGCUCCUGGGCCCAGAAGAAACAUUCUCUCCCCACGCCCACCUGUGGGGAAUGACCCGUCCUUGGAAUGAGGAGGGAGCAGGGAGCCCCCUUCCUCCUGGGUUGGACAGCUGGUUCCUGGGGUGGGGAGUGAAGGUGAAGUCGCUCAGUCGUGUGCGACUCUUUGCAACCCUGUGGACUGUAGCCUACCAGGCUCCUCCAGCCGUGGGAUUCUCCAGGCAAGAAUACUGGAGUUGGGGUGGGGGGUGGUCGGUAUUAAAAAGGAACGUGGACUUUUGGA